AUGGCGUCUUACGUGGAUAACAGUUUCCGACAGGCGGUGAUGAAGAACCCGGCCGAACGGACGCAACAGGACCUCGAAAUUGUGUACUCGUAUCUCCAUGGAAUGGAAGCCCUGUCUAAUUUAAGAGAACACCAAUUAAGGAUUAUGUGUGAAACUGUUCGAUAUGAGAGACACGAGGCCAAUGAAGUUCUCUACUACCCCGAUGACAUUGGCACCUGCUGGUAUAUUCUGCUUUCAGGUUCGGUAUUCAUCAAGGAGUCCAUGUUUUUGCCAAGAAGCAGCUUUGGCAAGCGUUCAGCAGGCAGCCUGCGCCGUGGCUGUGAGUGCAUCGUGCUGGAGCCAUCGGAAAUGAUUGUGGUUGACUAUAUGGAUGAAAAUGAGGAGUAUUUCCAACGACAAGCAUCACAUCGACAGUCUCGCAGGAGAUUCCGCAAAAUUAACCAGAAAGGAGAACGGCAAACCAUCAUCGAUACAGUUGACCCAUACCCAAUUGGAAAGCCUCCUUUGCCCAGGGCAUACCACACGGAAUGCCCUAAAUCACAGCUUCCUGCCGACUUUACAAAGCUCCACCUUGCCGACAGCCUUCACCCACAGGUGACCCAUGUGACCUCCAGUCACUCAGGAUGUAGCAUUACCAGCGACUCAGGAAGCAGCAGUCUGUCAGACAUUUACCAGGCUACAGAGAACGAGGCAGGGGAUAUGGAUCUGAGUGGGCUGCCUGAGACGGCAGUAGACUCCGAGGAAGAUGACGACGAGGAAGACAUCGAGAGGUCCUCAGAUCCCCUCAUGAGCAGGGACAUUGUUCGUGACUGCCUAGAGAAAGACCCCAUGGACAGAACAGAUGAUGACAUUGAGCAACUCCUGGAAUUCAUGCAUCAACUGCCAGCCUUUGCCAACAUGACCAUGUCAGUGCGAAGGGAGCUGUGUGCCGUCAUGGUGUUUGCUGUGGUGGAGCGUGCCGGCACUGUUGUCCUCAACGAUGGGGAGGAGCUGGACUCUUGGUCAGUGAUUCUAAAUGGCUCUGUGGAGGUCACCUACCCUGAUGGACAUACUGAGAUCCUCUGCAUGGGCAACAGCUUUGGCGUCUCGCCCACCAUGGAGAAGGAAUAUAUGAAGGGGGUAAUGAAGACCAAGGUGGAUGACUGUCAGUUUGUGUGUAUAGCCCAGCAAGAUUAUUGUUGCAUCCUCAACCAAGUGGAGAAAAACAUGCAGAAGGUGGAGGAGGAGGGGGAGAUAGUGAUGGUGAAAGAGCACCGUGAGUUGGACCGCACAGGGACCAGAAAGGGUCACAUUGUCAUCAAGGGCACAUCCGAACGACUAACAAUGCAUCUUGUUGAGGAGCACUCAGUGGUAGAUCCCACGUACAUCGAAGACUUUCUGCUCACCUACAGAACAUUCCUCUCCAGCCCAAUGAUUGUGGGAAAGAAGCUUCUGGAGUGGUUCAAUGAUCCCAGCCUCAGGGACAAGGUUACACGGGUAGUGUUGCUGUGGGUAAACAAUCACUUCAAUGACUUUGAAGGGGACCCAGCUAUGACUCACUUUCUGGAAGAAUUUGAGAACAAUCUGGAUAGAGAGAAAAUGAGUGGGCAUCUGAGACUGUUAAAUAUUGCCUGCGCUGCUAAAGCCAAACUAAGGGUAAUAACACUCACUAAGCCCUCCAGAGAUGCCCCUCUGCCUUUCACUCUCCUGGGAGGCUCUGAGAAAGGCUUCCGCAUCUUCAUUGACAGCGUGGAGGCUGGCAGCAAGGCCUCUGAGGCAGGUCUGAAGCGUGGAGAUCAGAUACUGGAGGUGAAUGGUCAAAACUUUGAGAAUGUUCAGCUCUCUAAAGCUAAUGAGAUCCUGAGGAACAAUACACAUCUAUCUAUCACUGUGAAAACAAAUCUAUUAGUGUUCAAGGAGCUUCUUGCACGACCAGCAGAAGAGAAGAAGAAUGGUGCUCCUCACCUACCCAAGAUCGGUGACAUCAAGAAAGGCAGCCGCUAUUCCAUCCCUGACCUGGCUGUGGAUGUAGAGCAAGUCAUGGGCCUGGAGAAGGGUAACAAGAAGACUAAGGCUAACACAGUGGGUGGCCGCAACAAGCUGAAGAAGAUACUUGACAAAACUCGCAUCAGUAUUCUGCCCCAGAAGCCCUACAACGACAUUGGAAUUGGGCAAUCUCAAGAUGACAGUAUAGUUGGUCUGAGACAAUCUAAGCAGAUCCCGGCUGCACUGCCUGUCAGUGGGACUCUCUCUUCCAGCAACCCGGACCUCCUGCAGUCCCACCACCGCAUCUUGGACUUCAACAACCCCCCUGCCACAGGGCCAAGUAACUUGCCUGAUCAGGUACUGAGGGUUUUCAAGGCGGACCAGCAGAGUCGUUACAUCAUGAUCAGUCGAGACACCACGGCCAAGGAAGUUGUGGUCCUUGCCAUCCGAGAGUUUGCCCUGACGGCUGCACCUGAGGCCUACUCAUUGUGUGAGGUGUCAGUCACUCCUGAGGGUGUCAUCAAACAGCGACGACUGCCCGACCAGCUCUCCAAGCUAGCAGACAGGAUCCAAUUGAGUGGGAGGUACUACCUGAAGAACAACAUGGAAACGGAGACACUCUGCUCAGAUGAGGAUGCCCAGGACCUCCUGAGGGAAAGUCAAAUCUCCUUACUGCAGCUCAGCACAGUGGAGGUGGCCACACAGCUUUCCAUGAGGAACUUUGAGCUCUUCUGUAACAUCGAGCCCACCGAAUACAUCGACGACCUCUUCAAACUCAGAUCUAGAACAGGUUCUGCCAACCUCAAGAAGUUUGAGGAGGUGAUCAACCAGGAGACCUUUUGGGUGGCUUCAGAAAUUGUACACGAGCCAAACCAGCUUAAGAGAAUGAAAAUAGUAAAGCACUUCAUAAAGAUUGCAUUGCACUGCCGAGAGUGCAAGAACUUCAACUCCAUGUUUGCCAUAAUCAGUGGCCUGAAUUUGGCUCCCGUGGCUCGAUUGAGGGGGACCUGGGAAAAGCUACCCAGCAAGUACGAGAAACUGUUCCAAGACCUCCAGGACCUCUUUGACCCUUCCAGGAACAUGGCCAAGUACCGAAAUGUUCUCAGCAACCAGAACCUGCAGCCUCCCAUCAUUCCGCUCUUCCCUGUCAUCAAGAAGGACCUCACAUUCCUACAUGAAGGCAAUGACUCAAAAGUUGAUGGAUUGGUGAAUUUUGAGAAGUUGAGGAUGAUCGCUAAAGAAAUCCGGCAUGUUGGCCGCAUGGCAUCUGUAAACAUGGACCCUGCUUUGAUGUUCAGAACAAGGAAGAAGAAGUGGCGGAGUCUAGGGUCACUAAGCCAAGGCAGUGCCAACUCAGCCGUGCUGGAUGUGGCGCAGGCCGGGGGACACAAAAAGCGCGUUCGAAGAAGCUCCUUCCUCAACGCUAAGAAGCUGUACGAGGAUGCCCAGAUGGCCCGUCGUGUGAGACAGUACCUGUCCACCUUGACUCUUGAGACCAGUGAGGAGAGCCUGCAGACCAUCUCAUUGCAGUGUGAGCCUUCCAGCAGCACAUUGCCCAAAAGUGCUGGGAAGAAGCCAGACACAUCCCCUGUAGUCAGCCGUGCAGCCAACCAGCAGAAGCAACAGCAGCAGAAAGGAUGCCAAGCCCUGCAGGUGCCCGCUGUCUCACUUUACCCGUCACGCAAAAAGGUUCCGGUGAAGGACCUGCCCCCGUUUGGUACAAGUUCACCUCAGGCGCUGAAGAAAAUCCUUUCCUUAUCAGAAGAAGGAAGCGAGCGUCAUAAAAAGCAGUCGGAAGAUGCCAUUUCGAAUGCCUCCUCCCAGCUGUCCUCUCCUCCCACCUCUCCACAGAGCUCUCCUAGAAAAGGUGGCAGUCAGCUGAGGUCUCACCUCUCCAGGCAGUCAGACCUAACAGCCUCCUGUUCUUCCCUGGGAACUGAGAACAGUAACAGGAAUAACAAUGGUGCAUCACGGACCUUUGGGAUAGGUUAUGUACUGGCUCCCAGUGGGACUGUGGACAACUUCUCGGACUCUGGCCACAGCGAGAUCUCCUCGCGCUCUAGCCUGGUCAGCAACUCUUCGCUGGAUCUGAUGGAGGACCGGCGACAGCGGCACUCUGUCAGUGCAGUAGAGUCACACCUGGGAGGCCCGCGGAUGGAGCGACGGGCCACCUUAGACCCGGAUCAAUAUAGCCUUGGGUCCUAUGUCUCCGUACAUGACAGCCGUAGCCUGUAUGCAGGGGCCACAGUCCUCUCGUCUACCAGCUCAGAGGAGCUGACACAGGACCAGGGGGACCGUGCCUCCCUAGAUGCAGCUGACAGUGGGCGAGGCAGCUGGACGUCAUGUUCCAGUGGCUCACAUGACAACAUCCAGACCAUCCAGCACCAGAGGAGCUGGGAAACACUGGCCUUUGGUCACCCACCCUUUGAUGCUGACCCCAUGGCAUGCCAGGAGCACGGGGGCCAUCCAGGCCAGGCACGUGGCAGCUGGGCUUCUGCCACAGCCUACUGGGGCGAGGACACAGAAGGAGACACGGGUACCAUCAAGCGGCGAGGGGGGAAGGACGUGAGUGCUGACACGGAGGCCAGCAGUGUGGCACCUGUCCCUCCUGAGGACUGCAAACAACACAGUCGACCUGCUCACAUAACGGUGUCUUCCAGCAACACAAAAGGUCUAAUAGUACGGAAGGACGGCCGGUUCCGCGAGCCGCCACCUACACCGCCUGGCUACACAGCACUGACUGUUUCAGAAGCAGCCGAUGGGCUGCCCCAUUCGGGCCGGAGGCCCCCCGACUAUAAUGUAGCUCUACAGCGGUCUCGAAUGGUGGCACGCUCCUGUGACUCGCCCCAGCCGGCCUCCCGGCCGCAGUGGAGUAAGUCUGGCGACGGGGACUCCCGGCACCCCCACUUCCACUCCCAAGGGCUUUCAGCUGAGGAGGCGGAGGGUGAGUCCUUGUCUCCAAAACUUAUUCCUCAGAGGAAGACAGUGGCAUAUACACCUGAGACUACCAGGCCAUGAAUUACAGUCAGGCCAGAGGCAGAAGAUGAGCAAGUAUCAGCAGUCUGAGAAGAUCUCCCUCUCUUGGACUUUGUUCACCGUGGCAUUGGUCACAUGUUUUGGAGAGCACAGGGCAUUUAUAGGGCACCUGGAGAAGGUCUCUAGCCUCCUUUGUUUUCUUCAAGGGUGUGUCAAGAGGUGCUGUUCUCCUUCCUUGCCUUAACUUAGCUUGGGGCUUUGUGCUCCCUACAUGAGAUACUGUGAAAAUAGAAAAAAAAUGCUUUGGCACUUUUGAACAGGAAAAACAAACUGUCGCUUGAAAAAUACAGUGGCGUGAUGUUCACUCGCUACCACUGUCACCGAUUAGUAGAAGUUUCAAGAUCCCCCAGCCUCUCUCUUUCUCUCGCACUCUCUCGCUCUCUCUCCCUUGCUCUCUCAUUCUCACACAGAACCACAUGCGUGUUGAGCUCUGGCUGCACUUUUCCUUUUAGUUUAUUACUGACAUGAAUGAGUAAUUGUAGCAUUUUGGAUGAAGACGAACAAAGAUUGUGCAGACUUACCAAGUUUUGUUACAGUUUUAUAUUCUAUUGUCCUUUGAAAAUGAAAGUAGUGAUGCAUCUCCACAAACAACAGUAUUAUUUUAGCUAAUUUAAAAGCUUUGAUUUUAAAAAAAAAAAAUAAAUAAAUAAAAAAAUGUUUUAACAACUGGACAGCACUGCAGCAAAGGGUGCCUGUGGAUUUGCCAAAGCACAACUCGAAUGUCCACAUGGACUGACCUAAGACCCAAGGACACAAGUUAUGCAACAGGCCUUUCUGACAGAGAGGAGGAGCUCUGCAGGAGAACUUGAUAAAUUAAACCGCUGGGAGUUGUGACUGUAGUUUUUGCUGCAAUUCUAAUGAAAGCUGGCAUAACAUGCUCCGCUGCUACGUAUGUCCACUUGUAACGACUGAGGAAUACAAACCUUUCGGUUGUGUUUGAGACUCUGAAGGCUGCCAGUUGGAGUAGUACUCGAAAUGAGGAACUGCUGUUGUUUUUGUUUUCCUUUUUUCUUUUUUAUUUGAGCUGAUCAUAUUGAUCAGUAGGUGAAAAUAGAUUUCAGGAAAGCGAUUGCUUUUUUUGGACUGUAUAGUGUGUAUGAUCAGUGCUUUAUUUAAAAUUUGGCUUUCAAGGAGAAUUUUUUUUUUUUAUUCUCAGUUUUCAUGUUACAGAUGUAAGUUUGUAAUUUAAUGGUAACUUUCAUUAAUCGGUUUUUCUUUGCAGUCUAUGGAGAUUGUGCGAGUGAAGGCUGGCAGAAUCCUAGUUCUAAUAAAAGUUGCACAGAAAGUUUAAGCAUACGAUAACUGUAGUAUAUAGAACUGUUAAUUUCAGUUCGAUUUGUGAUGUCGUGUAAAAUGUACAUUUUAACUGGUGAUUUCCUCAUACUUUUGAUACUACUUGUACCUAUAUGUCUUUUAGAAAGACAAUUGGUGGAGUCUGUAUCCUUUUUGUAUUUUUAAUACGAUAAUUGUAAAUAUUGGUUAUAUUUUUGUUGAGAAUUGUAGAAAUGUACGUUUAUGCCUCAAUAUCCAGCUUGUAUAAAGCUGGAAAUCAAUAAAUACUGCAAAAUGAAA